AUGCAACUUUUGCUAGAUUUAGGCGGUGGAAGCUCCAAAUCCGAUAUUUCUCUCUACAAACGAACCCCAACUGGCGUUGACCAAGUGGGAAAGAGCUGCUCAAAGAUUAAAGCAACAAGCAUGGUUGUUGAUUUGCGGCUUGGUACUCAACCACAUGUUGUCGAUGAUGAUUUAUGUCAAAAUGGGUGUUCUCCACUUGCUUCUGACCCCAUUAAUUUCUUGACAAUAAACUCAAGCGUAGUACUCAGUGCGAUCGCGCCUGGUGUUUUGCUUGGUCGCAACCAUUUACUUGGGCACUUCGGUGUCGAAACACAGCACUCAGUGCGACCGUGUCCAGUGUCUUGCUUGGUCGCAACCGUUUUCUUGGGCGCUUCAGGAUCGGAACGCAGCACUCGGUGCGACCGCGUCCGGUGUCUUUCUUGGUCGCAACCGUUUGCUUGGACGCUUUAG